AUGCCCGAAAGCUCCGACUCCCAGGAAGUGGCAAGUUACACUCCAGAUAUCUUCAAGAUACCCUUGACAAUUUCAACUCAUGUCGCCGCAGGAGUAGCCCUCCUGUGUGGGGUUGGGAUCGGAGGCGACGUUGAGUGGUCUCAUGCCGUUGCUGUCGGUGCUGCUCGUGCUUCGCAUGCUUCUCAUGAUACUCACGCCGCGGUUGUUGCUGCUGCUAUUGCUGCUGCUGUUCCUGCUGUUCCUGCUGUUCCUGCUGUUCCUGCUGUUCCUGCUGUUCCUGCUGUUCCUGCUGUUCCUGCUGUUCCUGCUGUUCCUGCUGGAGAGGCUACUGCUCCUGUUGUUGUUGUUGUUGCUGGUGCUACUUCUGCUGCUGGUACUCCUGUUGCUGCUUCCUAUAUGUCCCGAGACUCACUGUUUUCUCGUACACCCAGGUAG